CGUCUCAGUUCCCGUAAAGAGGUUGAUCUAUCUCACCUCAUCCUCUAUUUACAUCCAUUGUAACAUUACUCUAAUUGUUUCGAUUCCCGUUUAUACACUCAAAAAUCUAUCCUUCUAAUAAUCGAAAUGGCCCACAAGCGCAAGCGAUCCGUCUCUGAGUUCUGUGCCUCUCCCUCAUCAGUCUCAUCCUUCGACUCUCCUCCUCGACUCGGCAACUCCAUUACCAAUCCUUUCGCGAUCAUGGCAUCGACGCCCAUUCACCUUCACAGUCGAACCAUGAAGCGAUUUCGCGAUAAUCGACCUUCAGAAGAGACAAUUCAUCAACGUACUCUCAACAUGCUGUACUCUGCGCAGAGCCAGCAUCAACACAUUGGACUUCCAUCUGAGAACAUACAAACACCACCUCAACCUACUCAACCUGAAUCAAACCAACAAUCUCUCCACCGGUUCUGGAACAUCUCUUCGGCGCCUUCAGCUCCGACAACCAACCUAAGCCAAACACAACUCACCCCCUCGAACUGCGACGAUUGCGGUGCUAGUCUCAACAGUGGUGAUGAUGGCAUGGAUAUCGAUGGUAUCGACAACGGGGAUCACUCGUGCGGUGCUUGUGGUAAGCAUGUUUGCUUCAGCUGCUCUGUGAGCAACCUUGGCGAACAGCGACGCUGUCUGCAGUGCGCUGGUCCAAACGAUCGACCUUCACGUGCAACAUGGAAUAAAGUCACUGCAUCAAUGUUUUGAUUGGAUAUUGUAUGGAUUUGGGUAAUGGAAGAAGGAUUAGCGAUACUUUGGGUUAUUUUAACGGCGUUCAGUUGGGACAGCAUAAAAGGGGGAAUACCAUUUGCACCAUUGCUUCGAAUAGCAUCAUCGGUAGGGUUUGUGCAACACGUUUUUAUGUAGGUAGUUAGCAUCACACGUUUUCGUGUAACAUUUGACGACAAAUACAUGUCAAAAUCACAUAAUGAAACAUCAUGAAGCCAAAG